AUGUCAACUUCAGUUCCGCCGCAGCGGGCCGAGGAGAACAAGGGGCCGACCGCCAUCGGCAUCGUCAUCUCCGUCUCGGUCCUCAGCACCCUCUUUACGGCAGCAAGACUCUUCGUGAGGGGCAAGAUCCUGGGCAAAUUCCAUCUGAAUGACUAUCUGAUCGUUGCAUCCGUACUGUGUGGUUGGAUCAAUGUCGGGACCGCCAUCGCCGCUGUCUCGUACGGCAACGGGCGACACUUCGACGUGCUGACUCUCGAGCAGAAGUCUGGCGCCAUUCUCUGGACCAUCGCCGGCUUCGCUCCCGGCGUCAUGUCGUUCGGCCUCCCCAAGAUCGCCGUCGUUGCUCUGCUUACCCGGAUCAUGAACCCCAGCAGGUGGCACGCGUUAUUCCUGUGGUGUCUAUCCAUCUUCUGCCUUGUCAACUUGUUAGGGUGUGUCAUCAUUCUCUUUGCUCAAUGCCAGCCAUCGCACUCGCAAUGGGACUUUUCUGUUGAGAAGACGUGCUGGGACAAGUGGAUCUUGGUUUACUUCGCCAUCUAUUCUGGAGGGUUUUGCGCUUUUGUAGACAUCUACCUUGCUGUAUACCCUGUCUUGGUGCUUGCACGGUUGCAGAUGCGCACGAGGAAGAAAGUAGCGUUGAGCAUUGCGCUCGGCAUCGGAUCAGUCUCCGCAAUUGUUGCCAUCUACAAGUGUACCCGACUACCGAGUCUUGCUAGCCCCGACUUUUCUUGUCGGUACCGCAGCGUCGAGGGUAGCACGAUGAUCAUCGCCGCCUGCAUCCCCGUCCUCCAACCCCUCGGCGAGCUCAUCUUCGGCAAACGCAUGUUCAGCUCCGGCGGCGGACGAUACACAUACGAAAACUACGGUUCGGGGCCCGGCGGCCGAGUGCGAUCCGACAUCGAGAUGUCUCGCUCCCGCGACGCCAGGAAGCGAGCUGCUGCGAGACAACGGGCCGAAGCGACCGUAUUCAAUGACGCCACCACCACGACGAUCACGGGGAAGGGAAGCCAAGAGAGCAUUCUCGGGCGGGAGACCUCAGGAGGCAAGAUCAUGAGGACGGACGUCUUCAGCAUCAAGAUCGAGCCGAGCACGUAA